CGAACCACAACCACCAUGGAGACCAUCCAUCGUUUCUCAGGCCGUCUACUUCCGUUAACACUGGCCCAGAAACAUAUAAAGUCCGCCCCAAAUUUUACCCCGACCCGAAUACCCAUCUCACGACCCGAAUUCCAAACCCAUGCCCCAUUCUCUACCACCCGAAAAUCCCGGACGUCCUCUACGGUUAGAAGGGCGGGUUGGCUUCUGGGUCUGGGAGAAAAGAAGAAAGUUACCUUACCUGAGAUAGUAAAAGCGGGUGACCCUGUUUUGCAUGAGCCAGCCCGCGAAGUUGACCCGGAAGAAAUCGGCUCGGAGAGGAUCCAGAAGAUUAUUGACGAUAUGGUUAAGGCUAUGAGGUCGGCUCCUGGUGUUGGGCUUGCUGCUCCUCAGAUUGGAAUCCCAUUAAGAAUUAUAGUUUUAGAAGAUACAAGAGAAUAUAUCAGUUAUCAACCCAAGGAAGAAAUUAAAGCACAAGAUAGACGCCCUUUCAAUCUUCUGGUGAUUCUGAACCCGAAGCUUCAAAAGAAGAGCAACAAGACUGCACUAUUUUUUGAGGGCUGUUUGAGUGUUGAUGGAUAUAGAGCGGUCGUGGAGAGAUAUCUAGAUGUUGAGGUUACAGGUUUGGAUCGCGAUGGCAAGCCCAUCAAAGUAGAUGCUACAGGUUGGCAGGCACGGAUUUUACAGCAUGAGUGUGAUCAUCUAGAGGGAACCCUCUAUGUUGAUAAGAUGGUACCAAAAACAUUUAGAAUUACAGAAAAUUUGGACUUGCCUCUUGCCGAGGGAUGCCCGAAGCUUGGGGCUCGCUAGCUCAUCCUAUAGAGCUGAAUUGUUAGUCUAAAGAACAAGGAUGAAGGUUUGUAUUUUAGUGUAAUGAGGCUCUAUCGCAACUUUUGGUGAUGCUCCAGGAUGUAGUUGACCGUUUUAGAGAACGUUCAUGUUCUUUUAUCUUUGUUUUUUAGGGAAUGCGGGGAAAUUUUUUCUUCAUUUCACUGCAUUUCCUAUCAUGUAUCAAAUUGUUUGUUUAUUGCAGAAAGAUUUGAAGCAGUUGUAACUGUUAUUAUGAUUCAGUUGAAAUCGGCAUUGAUUGAACAUC